UUUUAAUUUUAAAUCUUUUUUUUUUAAAUUUUUUUUCAAUAAAGGCAGUUAACUUUCAAUGUCAAAAGAAGGUAACUGGCAACUUUUGAUAUCUGAAGGAGAUCAUUUUGUUUGUUUAUUUUCUAUAAACUUGAACUGGAAUUUUUUUGUCACCAACAACAUAAUUGAAUUUGGAGUUGGUGAUUAUUGCACUUCAAUUCCAUAAGCUACAGUGAUAAUUUAUUCAUUACAUAGAAACUUUCAUGAAAUAGUGACGAUGACAUCGUAUCUUUCUAUGCCAAUUACUAAGAUUUCACCAUUAAUUCAAAAUAAAAGCAUCUCAGUUAAGGAACUGUUAAAUUUAUGCUUGGCCAGAAUUAAGAAAGCAAAGGAUUUAAAUGCUUUUAUUACUGUAACAGAAAAUGUAGCUCUAGAACAAGCUGAACAGUCCCAGAAACGUAUUUGUGAAGGUCAUUCAUUAGGAGUGCUGGAUGGAAUUCCUAUUGCUUUUAAGGACAACUGGAGUACCAGGGAUAUUCGGACAACUUGUGCCUCUAAAAUGUUGAGUAAUUAUGUUGCACCUUAUAAUGGCACUGUUGUACAAAAGCUUUAUGACAAAGGAAUUUGUCUAAUGGGGAAAACAAAUCUCGAUGAGUUUGCAAUGGGAUCAGCUACUGUUGACUCUUUUUUUGGACCAACAAAGAAUCCAUGGAGAUCUAGAUUGAAUUACAAAGUUAGGAAGCAGGCUGACUAUGACUUUCCAGAUAGUUUAUCAUUGAAAGAUGAUGAUUUUUUUAUUGCUGGUGGAAGUUCUGGUGGUGCUGCUGUUGCCGUAGCAUCUGGGAUGUGUUUUGGAGCUAUUGGCUCUGAUACUGGAGGCUCAACAAGAAGUCCAGCUGCCAUGUGUGGGGUGGUUGGAUUAAAACCCACUUAUGGAUUAAUUUCUCGUAACGGACUUAUACCACUCUGUAACUCUUUAGAUGUUCCUGGAAUUUUAACCAGAUCUGUUGAUGAUGCUGUUUUAUUAUUGAAUAAUCUAGCUGGCCCAGAUAUUUAUGAUUCAACAACUGUAAGUAAACAUUAUUCACCUUUUACGAUUCCAGACAAUGUGGAUGUACGACAUCUUCAUAUUGGAAUACCUAAUGAAUAUGAAUGUCCAGGAAUGUCACCUGAAGUGAUCGAAAGUUGGAGAAAUGUAGCAGACAAAUUUUCCAAUGCUGGUGCCAAAGUAUCCACCGUAUCACUGCCCCACACUAAAUAUUCCAUUAUGUGCUACUCAGUUCUCUGUUGUUGUGAUGUGGCAUCAAAUUUUGCUCGUUAUGAUGGAAUACGUUAUGGUCAUCGCAUGACUGAGAAGAAAACUGAUUCAGAUCAUCCCUAUGCUGUUACAAGACGUGAAGGUUUUGGUGAUGUGGUGAGAGAAAGGAUUCUAUCAGGAAAUUUCUUUUUACUUCGAAAAAAUUAUGAAAAAUAUUUCUUGAAAGCUGCAAAAGUCAGAAGACUCAUCUUUAAUGAUUUCAAAACUGUGUUUGAUGGUGGAAUAGAUCUGCUAUUGACUCCAGUCACUUUAAACGAAGCUGCGCCUUAUUCAGAAUGGACGAAAAUCGACAAUCGGGAACAUAACGCUGUAGACGAUUUUUGUACACAGUCUGUAAAUAUGGCUGGUUUGCCUGCUGUUAGUGUCCCAUGUGAACUUUCCAAAAGUGAACUACCCUUGAGUCUCCAGCUCAUUGGUCAGCCCUUUGGAGAACGGCAACUUCUAACUGCAGCAAAAUGGCUUGAAGAGCAAAUGAAAUUUCCCUCUUUGGAGAUAGAUUGAUGCACUUAUGCUUGCUUUAAAAAGUGACUCAGAUGACAAAGGAACUUCUAGGACAGGAGUGGUACUCCUUAAUUUCAAUGCAAUAUUUCACUAUCAUUUCUCACUGAACUGUAUUUAUAAAUAAAUUACUUUCAUUUCUUAA